UUGCUGGGGGCUCAUGGCGAGUAAAUGCACCUUUGCUGAUAAAACAAUUUCCAUUCAUUUGGGACGGUACUACUGGCUGAAUUGAUAGAGUGAGUAUAUUUGAAGGUAGAGCGAUAGCCAUUGAACGUGAUUUACCACGGGAGACGCUAAGUAGUGGGUGGCAUUGAUACACUUGACUUGAGUUGCAUGAAGCAAAUUACUUUUGCCGGAAUCAAUAUUAGGAUAAAAAAAACUCAUGAUUUUGAGGUACGAAGGGGUGUGAUAAUUGUAACUUACCACCGUCUACGUGCUCUCUCUCUCUCUGCCCUGUGAAAUUUUUGGGGGUUGUUGCUGUGUCAGUUUGAAUGGAUUUGCUUGUCCUUUUCCUAUGAUGGGUUCAUUACUCACCUGAGCUUCUUCUUCUCUCUCUUCCAAGCAGAGAGCGAGCGAGAGAGAGAGAGAGAGAGAGAGAAGGAGAGGUCGGUCUAAGCUUGGGCGAAACAGUAGCGAGUAGUGCAGUAAUUAGUAGAUUUAGAUUUCAACUUUAUACUUUGAGGACUUUUUCAAGAUCUCACAGAAGCAACCCCAAUUUUUUUAAGCAAAGAAAGUGAAAAAGCGAGGAAGAGAGUGAAAAAAACUGGCCGUUUCAUCUUUCCAGCAUGUUCAAGCCCACUCUGAUGGCGUUUCCCUGAACUUGCAGACUCGCCAUUCUUCUGGCAUGUCGUACAAGCUUCUUCUUGUAUGGCUUCGGUGAUGGCGAGUCAAGGCGGAGGGACGACUGUUUUGAGAGAUUACAGGAAAGGGAACUGGACGGUUCAGGAGACGAUGGUGCUUAUCGAGGCGAAGAAGAUGGACGACGAGCGGAGGAUGAAGAGAACUGGGGAGAGCGAAGGGCGGAGCAAGCCGGCGGAGCUGCGGUGGAAGUGGGUGGAGGAUUAUUGCUGGAGAAACGGCUGCCUGAGAAGCCAGAACCAGUGCAACGACAAGUGGGACAAUCUGAUGAGGGAUUUCAAGAAAGUGAGAGACUACGAGCGGCAAGUGGCGGAGAAAGGAGGCGUUGAAUCGGAGUCCAGUUCUUACUGGAAGAUCGAGAAGCAGGAGAGGAAAGAACGGAACUUGCCGUCUAAUAUGCUGCCCCAGAUUUACUAUGCAUUGCUGGAGGUAGUGGAGCGGCGGGAGGGUAUCAGGUUGGUGGGUUCCGCCGCCGGCGGGUCGGGUUCCAGCGUUCAGGCUGCAGCCACGCCUGGGUAUGUGUUGGAAAGGUCGACAAGUAUUAGUGCUGUUCAGCCCUCGUUGCCUCCGCCAUUGCAGCUUCCCGUCUCGUCAUCAGCUCCGGUUGCAGCCUCACCUCUCCCGCCGCCGCCGGCUCCACCGCCAGCCGGAGCUCCACCUCACGAUCUGCCACAUUCUCAGCCAUUUCAGACACUAGAUUCUGAUACGAGCGACUAUUCGGACUCGCCGGCAAAGCGAAGGCGGAGACGCGGCGGUGGAGAGGGAACGAGUGGAUGCUCCAACGAAGUGGGUUCCGCAAUCUCGAAGAGUGCCUCGAUGAUAGCGGAAGCUAUACAGGCGUGCGAGGAGAGGGAAGAAAGAAGGCAUAGAGAGCUGCUGAGCUUGCAGGAGAGGAGGCUUCAGAUGGAGGAGUCGAGGAUGGAGAUGACCAGACAAGGCAUCAGUGGCCUCGCCGACGCCAUUAACAAGCUCGCAAGCUCCAUCCUCGCCUUCGCCAGCUCCCACAGAAAUCAAUCCACUCCAAACUGAUGAACCACCCGUCCUACAUUAUUCAUUAUUCUUAAUUAAUUUCACAGGGAGAGAGAGAGAGAGAGAGAGAUUGAUGCCAUUGGAGUGGCUUUUGUACAUAGAUGACGAAGUGAUGAUCGCAGGUUGACGUUGCUGUCGUUUUCAUUUAAUCCAUUAUUAGUUUUAACUGUAAUCAUCACCAUCAUCGAAUCUUUGAUUCACUAUUACAUAUUGAUGGAUUUGAUUGAUCGGGCAACUGGCAACUCUCGAUUUACUGUUCAAAUCAUGUGUGGAAUUCCUAUUUCCUGGUGCGGCCCAAUUAAUCUUCAACGCCACCAGAUUCAUUUUACUAUAUCAAAAUAGAUUGGCCCAAGGCCCAAUCCCUCUGCUACCACCAUAAAUCUCCAAAAAAAAAAAAA